ACAAUGCCGUCUAGUCUGCAUGACAGUGAUGAUCUCUACUCGAAAGCAAACUUUUCCGUCAAAUGAAGCCGUAAAUGUCAAAGCAAAUACACCAAACUUAACCCUCAAUCGGCGUCCAACCGUUUCCGCUCCUCGCGCGCAGCGUUUCCCGCCGUUUUCUGUCGGUUUUCUGUUGACGAACCUGCUUUUGUGGCAAAGAAUGCCCUGCACUGCGCAUGCGCACGAAGUUGAGGAACCUCCACCUGACUCACAGACACGGUGACAGGAGCGCCGAUUAAAACCACAAGAAUGCCGCGACAGAAGCUUCGCAAAUCCAGAAAGAAAUCUAAAAAUCACAAAAAGGAGGACAAAUCAAAGAUUAUUGACUGCGUGGAUGAACAACGCUGGGAAGAGUGUGAGGGGCCGAGCUGUGGAGAGGUAGAGAAGAGAGAGAAGAGAGAGAAGAGCUCAAAGAGUGUGAGGGGAAAAAAAUCAGCCAAACAAGUGCACAUAGCCGUGCUGCCUGACAAAUAUGAGCCUCUGGAGGAAGACCAGAGUGUCGAUAUAUCACAAGAAGAGAGCGCUGAGAAGAAACAGAAGAAAUACAAAACGUUCAGGAAAAACGUAGGGAAAGCUCUUCGCUACAGCUGGAAAUGUCUGGUAGCUGGGCUCCAGACGUUCAGCACAGGGUACUCUGGGCCUCUGAGCGCGGCUGCUACACUGGUGCCUCAGGUCCAGAGGACGAGUCACAGACCAUGACGGGACGGAACGCCUGAUGCUUUCGGGUCCUGACUACACUGACGACAGUGGACCAGCCUCUCUUUGUGUUUUAUAAUAUCCCGCUCCAAAAAGGUACAGUGCCAGCUAGUAAUGUGAGGAAUGUAUGUAUAUUGUUCUGUACUACUGGUGCUGGCACAGAAGCAAUCUGACGUAUACUUUGUGUUAGACCUUUGUGUUAUAGGUCUGCUGUGCAUGAACUAAAUGAACUAUAAGCACUACAUGAAUUAGUUUCCUUGCUCACAUCAUGGACCAAUGGAUGUCAUGGUUUAGCAGUCCUUUUCCCAGAAGGCAUUCUGAUCUUAAAUGGCUUUGUUCAAGAUCUUUGGCAGGAAACACCAAGGACUUCCAUAGGAGGAGGCGGAGUACUAGCUUUUCUGUAGCAUUUCCUAAUGAUACGUCACUCAAGUCUGUUAUUUGUGAAUAAUAUUCAAAAGUAAGAUUGGCUUGAAAAACUGGCCCUAUUACUUUUUCUAUACGCAAACCAAAGAAGUUGUUUAUGGUCUCUGAAGCUAAUCUCCAUUACCUGUUUGAAGACAUUCAUUAUGACCGCAGUGCCGCCUAUUGUCCCAACCUCUGGGCUCUGUAAUCAGUUAAAAUCUUCAUGACUAAGUAUACGACCUUCUGUCUAGUGCUAAUGACCUAAUCUGUACAUGUACUUUAAUCUACUGAUAAAGACCAGUCAAUACUAGAAGAUAACAGAUGCCAUAAUUCCAAAUGCCAGAAGUUAACCACAGCUUUGUUUUGUUUUUCCACACAAUAUGGUGUGUUGGUAUGCUUAUUUGGGACAGAUGUGGAAAGGAUAAAGGGGCCGUUGAUGUUUCCAGAACAUAAAUGUAAUUUUGGAGCCUCCCAUUAGCUGCCACUGCUUUAAUAGCUAACUGGUUUCUUUAUAUUAUGUGUGAUUUUUAAGAAAGAUAACUCCUUAAAGUCAACCUGAAACCAGAACAGGCUUGUUUACCUUCGUAGGUCAUGUUUCUGGUAAUAUGCUCAGCUAGCUCGAAGCCUUUUCAGCACACAGUUAUACUCUAAAGUGUGUUAUGGUACACACUGUAAAAAGAUGGUUCUUCAAGAGUUCUUUAGUUAAGAAAAUGGUUCUAUGUACAGUACUGUGCGAAAGUCUUAGGCACCCAAGACACAUUUGUGUAGUGUGUGUUUAUUUGCUGAGAGU